AUGGAUCCUGGUACUGAGGAGACCGGCCCGGCACCCCCGUUGCAACCGCCGCGCUCCUCGCCUUCACCUUCACCUUCGCCCUCGCCUACGAACUCGAGCUCAACGCCGGCCGAUGAACACCCCGCAACACAAUCGCAAGACACACAUACACAAGUCUUAGCUGAGCUCCAAGCCGAGGUCGAGACAGAAGCAGAGGCAGAGGCAGAGAGAGAGGCAGAAGGAGAGGCAGAAGGAGAGGAGCAACAAGAAAGCGCAGCCUCAAGCUCCAAAUCACGCCCCGUCUCAGGCGUCGUACCGCCAUGGUGGCAGCGUCAUGAAAGGAACAUUUCGCGCGUCUCACAAAGCUCCCUCCGCAACACGAUUACCCUAGAAGACCACACAGCGGAUCCGGACUCGGAGACAAGCCGCGGGCUUUGGGCGCGGAACGUGGCUAUAAAUGACCAUUGCGUUGUGCAAGGGAAGACUGGGGUUGGCGCCAGCGAAGCACCGCACUCCCCUUUGAAUUUUCUUCCUCUUAUCCACCCUUUCCUUUGCUUUACUUUGGCUGUUUCUGUUACUGUACUGACCAUUGCUCCUCAUGUCCAGGGUGGUCCGAUAGUCGUUCGAAUGAGAUACUCCGAAUUCGAUGAUCUGCGCCAGCGCCUCGUGUCUUCAUUCCCGCACGCGAAAAGCGCAUUGCCUGCGCUUCCGCCGAAAAGUGUUCUCUGUAAGCUACCCACCUCAGCUUAG